AUGUAUUCGAGUUCCUGUAUCGAAUACAAAGUCGUCCAAUGUCUGUCAGAGACAUUUCAUAGUCCCACCGGUGUAAAACCAAAACCAAAACCAAACCAAACACUGGCAGUAAUACCACGAACCUUCCACGAACUUGACACAACCCGUGGUCCGAACGAGCCAAAAAACCUUGUCCUAAAGAGGAAAUUGAGAACAAGAAACUGGAAACGGCCAGCACCGAGCAAGCUGGGUGUGAAUCCGAAGAAACCACUCUAUCCGUCUGCCUUACACCGCACUAAAACAAAAAAGUGUCGUCUGCCUAAAAAGCUGUGCACCCGCGCCUCUCCGUCCCCCGACUCCCCCGGGCACCCCCUUGCUCGCCGGGCCUUAACAUUCUGA